AUGGCAAAGCAAGAAAGAUUGCCUUUCAAGCCAAGAACCAGCAUAAGCUCACAGCUGUUUGAACUAGAUCCUAGGGAACCUCACUUACAGGCUGUUUUCCGUCUCCUUCGAUACUUAAAAUUUGAUCCUACACUGGGCCUGUUUACGUCUAAAAAUGCAGAUUUCUCCGUCAAAGGUUAUUGUGAUUCAGACUGGGCUUCAUGCCCUGAUUCUCGAAAGUCUGUCAGUGGGUAUUUGGUGUUGCUUGGGGACAAUCCUAUAAGUUGGAAAUCAAAGAAGCAAGAGACCAUCUCUUUAUCCUCUGCAGAGGUUGAGUACAGAUCACUUCAAAAGGUGGUAGGUGAAUUGGUUAGGUUGAGUCGGCUACUUUCUGAACUGAAUGUCCCUUUUCCAAAACCAAUCUCAGUGUUCUGUGAUAGUUAG